ACAUCCAACAAAAACAAUGACGACAGUGUCAUGGCGGCUUACGGAGUGAGUUUUGAGAGCUCGGGCAGCAUCGAUGAAAGAAAGGAAAAUAAGCGACAGGCACGGAAAGAAGCUAUAGAAAAGGCCAAAAAGCAGUAUGAGAAGGAAGAGAGGAGAAAAGAGCUGAAGAGGCAGAGAGGGGAGGACACUUGGAUGCUGCCAGAGGUCAACAAGCGGCUGCAGGAGAUAGGAGACGAUGGUUCUGUAAAGAGCAAGAAGAAAAAAGAAAAGAAAUCUAAAAAGAAAAAGGAGAAGAAGAAGAAGGCCAAGACGGAGAAGAAGACAGCAGAAGCAGGAGAUGGCUCUAGUGACAGCUCAGAGGACUCUGGUGAUGAGUGGGUUGAAGCUCAGCCACAGACACAAGUUGCUAAAGCCUGGCAGCUUCCUGAUGACUCCAAGCCUUCAGAGAGCAACCAAAGCCCAUCUCAAAAUGUCCAACAGAGAGAUGAAUGGAUGACAUUUGACUUCUUGGCAAUGAAAACCACCUCUACGUCAGAGAGGAGGGCUGAGAAAGAACGUCUGAAAGAAGAGGAGAGGGCAAAGGCUCAGGCCAUUGAACAGGCUGGUUUGCACAAAUUAGAGCUGAACCCAUACUGGAAAGAUGGAGGAACUGGUCUGCCCCCAGAGGAAAAGGCUGGUGCUGCAACAACAAAAGUCUCGGUAGUGAAUGAUGGAGGUCUGAGCUGGUUGAGGAAGAGCUACCAGAGGAUGAAGGAGCAGGCUGAGAGGGAGCAGCGCAGCCUCAACGAUAUUGUGGCUGAGAGAUACGGCUCAAUGGAAGAAUUUCAAAAAAGGCUUGCUGAGGCUGAAAAAGCUGUGUAUGGAGAAAGAGGAGGAGGAUGGAGGAAAGGAGAGAAUGAGGACAGAGAGAGAUGGAAGAGAAAAGAGGAAGUUGGAGCAGAGAGAAAUCGGUGGAGAAUAAGUGAAAGGGGAAGAGGAGAAGAGAGGGAGAGAGAGCGGGGAGGGUAUCAAGGGCGGGAGGAAGAGAUCGAUGGUCGAGAGGGUGACAGGUUACAAGAAAGGGAAAGGGAUCGAGAUGCUGACCGAAACAGAGAUAGAGACAGAUGUAGGGAUAGAGACCGAGACCGAGACAGAGAUGGGGAUAGAGACAGAGUUAGAGAUAGAGGGAGGGACAGACAUAAUGAAAGAAACAGAGAGAGAAAUAGAGAAAGCGAAAGACCUGUUGCAUCGUCCUCAUCCAUGCAAAAUUGGAGUCCAAGUUCUUCCUCUCUUGGAUCACUAAAAAGCCGCUUCCUAAAACCCUCAGAAGAUGACGACAAUGAUGAAGAUCGUCAUCACCGUCCUCCUUCACGUCGGUCCACAGGGUUCCUAAAACCCAGCUCAGACGAUGAAGACUCUUGUCCUCGUAAUACAAGCAUCCCAGCCUGGAAGAAGAGCAGCAGUGCUGCCCAGGAAUCUGCCAGCUCAGAGAAACCACAACAGGAGAAAGAGACAGAUUCUGGGAAAACUGCAGCACCACCUCAAGGCUUAAACAUGCAUGGAGAAAAAGCUGCUUCGACAUCAAGGAGUGAGAGUGAAAGUGAAGAAGAAGAAGAAGAAGAGGAGAUCCCACUGCUGUCAGAGGAGGAGAUGAACAAACUAGGAGCCAAAUUGGUGAAGGCAGAGAUCAUGGGGAACACAGCAAUGGUUGAGAAGCUGAAAGCCCAGCUGGAUGCAGCACAGAAAGCUAAAGAGAGCCAUGCUGCCCGACAGAAGCUACAAGAAACAAAUAAAUCAAAGCAGGUCAAGAGUCAUCCCAGUGAAGACCAGGAAGUCCUGCUGUUCAGAACGGACCAAUCAGGUCGUGCCUGGCCAGUCAGUGCUCCAUCUGGACCUCAGGAGCCCCAUGGAGGACGACGGAAGAAGAAAGCGAUUGAGACUCACGUUGAUGGGGAGCGUGUGCGCUACUUCCAGGAUGAUGAUAACGUGGGUCUGAAGGAGAUGGUGAGGAGGGAGAAGAUGAGCUCUGCACAGGAUCAGAAUUCCCUCUACUCCCGUAUGGCUUCAAAGAUGAUGGGGAAGACAGACGGUGACAACUACACGCUGGAUGACAUGUUUGUGUCGAGUGCGGCGCAGCGGGAGGGCGAGGGGAGGGAGGAGGAGAGAAUGAGGAACAGAGCCAUCGGGGAGAGCAGGAAGCUGGCUGCCUCCAUGGAGAAAUGCCAGCACUGCUUCAGCAGCCAAGAGCUCCAGAAGCACCUCAUAGUGGCAAUAGGGAGCAAGGUGUACCUGAGUCUGCCAGCAGGUGUGUCCAUGACAGAGGGCCACUGUCUCAUCUGUCCUCUGCAGCAUCACUGUUCUGCCACCUUAUUGGACGAGGAUGUCUGGUCAGAAAUGCAGCUUUUCCGGCGUACAUUGGUGCGCAUGUUUGAGUCCCAGGAGCUGGACUGUGUGUUCAUGGAAACAUACAUGAACCCACGCAGAAGACAACACAUGGUGCUGGAGUGUAUCCCACUACCCCGAGAACUGGGUGACAUGGCACCCAUAUACUUCAAAAAAGCUAUCAUGGAGUGUGAUGAGGAAUGGGCCAUGAACAAAAAAGUUGUAGACCUCACAUCGAAAGACAUCCGCCAAGCUGUUCCUCGAAGCCUGCCUUACUUUGCUGUAGACUUUGGACUCCAGGGAGGGUUUGCCCAUGUAAUUGAAAAUGAGCAGAAGUUCCCCCAUUACUUUGGCAAGGAAGUGGUUGGAGGCAUGAUGGACUUGGAGCCACGGCGGUGGAGAAAGUUUAUCAGGGAGAACUUUGAUGAUCAGAGGAAAAAAGUCUUGAAGUUUGCACAGUGGUGGAAACCGUAUGACUGCACCAAGACUGAGGGUUAAUGCUCACAGAGGGGUACACUCUCUUUUAAUAGAGCCAACACUUACCGCCCAAAAAAACACCACAUUGAAACAAACUAUAAUUUUGAGAAAUUUGCAUAAAAACAUUCAAAUUCAGACCUCGACACAAACUUUUAUAAGUAGUUGUAAUGUGUAAGCUUUUUACUUGAAUAAAAUCUAAGUAAUGAGCUGUGAUUCAUGUGUUUGGCUAUUAUAAUGUUGCAUGUAAGAAGAUGUUUCUGAUCCCUAUUUUCUUGACUAAGAUUUCCCUAUUAUUCCUUAAUAUUGAAUAUGUAAUUAAAACCUUGAACAGAGAGCUGUGCAUGGACAGGUUUUGAAGGGAUUGUCAUACACAACAAAACAGCUUUUAUUCUCCUUGGCCUUCUUCGUAAGUUGUACACACAUACAGCUAGAUUUGUGGAUAGAAGAUCAAAUAUAAAGGCAUUUUUAGAAGACCUGAAACUGAAGCUGUGUCAGUUCCAUACCCCUUAUUUUUCCAGUGUCUCCUAUCCAUAUUGCUCUACCAUGCUCUCUGACCCUGGGCUUUAAUUUCAUACUCGUGAACUCAUGAUCCUUUGCAGCUGUCAAUUCAUUUUAAAGGUUUUCGUGUCAUCACAGCCACGUGUGCAGGGGGAUACACAAUACAGGACUGAACAUAAGCUAUUGAGUCAUCUUGCCCCAUGAUUGCUUUUUCAGCUACAGUGGUGUGAAAAAGUAUUUGCCCCCUUUCUUAUUUCUGAGAUUUUUGUUGAUUUAUCCCACUUAAAUGUUUCGGAUC